AUGUCAUCUUGGAAAGCCAGGAAAAAAUACAAAAUACCAUCGUCUACUAUUCGUAAGCAUGCUCUAUAUAAUCUUAAUGUUGGUGCUGGUCAGCAAAACAUUCUGAGCAAAGAUCAAGAAGCCUUGAUUGUGAAAAUGCUGGCAAUGUUUGAUGACUGGGGUUUUCCUCGUACACGUAGAGAAACCAUAGAUUUAACGAAAAAGUUUAUACGUGAAGCUGGUUCGUGUUCAAAAUUUCGGACUGGUUAUCCAGGAAUAGAAUGGUUACGAUUAUUCCUAAAACGUUGGAGUAAUGAACUAAAACAAAGAUCAAGCACUUUGUUGGAAAGAAGUCGCGCUGUAGCUAAGGUAAAAAAAUUAUUUGUUUAG